GGAAAAAUGCAGGCGAGCUAGCUCUCAUGGGGUCCAAUGGCCUGACCUUUCUCCCUCAAAAGGUGAAAGCAAGAAGCUUCAAAACAACUCAUCUAGCCAUCCAGCCAGCCCAACCCAGCGCUCCCCUCUACUCUCCUGCCAAAUCAUUCCGUCUGCUACCUCAGCAAGUUGCGACCUUGCAAGAAUUCCUCCGGUCUCCCUCGGCUUGGCGUGGCGGCAGCUAGAUUCCAAGCACGUCGUCAAGGCCGAGGCAAAGAUCGGGGUUUUUCCCCUUUUUUUCUCAUGCUGCUGCUGUAACUUGUAAAGGAUUGGAGGGUGCGAUGGCGGCGGCGAGCAGGUUCGCCACGGUGCUCGUCCAUAGGACGACGCGGAGGGUCACGUCGGCGCUGGCAUACGCCGUCCUGGAGUGGACGCUCAUCGCGCUGCUGCUGAUCAACGGGCUAUUCUCCUAUGCCAUCGCCCGGUUCGCCGCCUACUUCGGGCUCAGGCCGCCGUGCCUCCUCUGCUCCCGCGUCGAUCGGCUCUUCGAGAAGGAGGAGGCGGAGGCGGGGGAGGAUGGCGCGCGGUGGCUGCGGAGAGCACUCUGCGGCGCCCACGCGGCGGAAAUCUCCGGGCUCGGGUACUGCCUGCACCACGGCCGGCUCGCCGAGGCCGACGACAUGUGCGACGGGUGCUUGUCUUCUUCGAAGGAGAGGAGGGGGAAAGAUGCAGGGGAGAAGGACGCCACUGCGUGCUCUUGCUGCAACGCCGUCGUGGAAACCUCCUCGCGCGAGCUACCGGAUACAGGAAAAGGCCACGUUCCAUUGGCUCAAGAGGAGCAUGGCGAAGAAGACCAACGCGAAGAAAACGACCAAGGGUAUGUUCUAUUGGCUCAAGAGGAGCACGACGAGGAAGACGAAGAGAAGCAUGAAGAAUUUCAGGAAAACGAGAAAGAAGACGAGGUGGACGACAAAGAUGAUCAAGAGGAGGAGGAGAAGAUGGUCGCCGUCGAGGACGAGUCCUUGGAAUUCAUGGCUCUCGGGGAAAAGAUCGAGCUCGACGGUGAGCGCUUGUUCUCGGUAGCAGCCAUCGACGAGAUGACAAUCGCCGAAGAUUCAAGUUUGCAUCAGGCAUGCUGCGAAAAGGAGAAAGGAAUGGACCAUAUUGACGGCGAGCACGAGCCGAGAGAUCUUGAUAUCGGAAUGGUUCUUGAGGAGAAGAGGAUGUUGGAUUCUUCCGCUGCAACAGCAACUGAAGCGAUUGAGGACUCUGUUGUGCCCAUCCCGGAAGCAGAGAUCGUAACAAGCCCAUCUGAUCUUGAGGAGAACUCUAUUCCUCAAGAUGAUGAACUGGUUAUCGAAGACGUUGAAAUUGGCGAUAUCACAGCUGAACAAGAAGAAAUUGUUGUGCCUGAAGUCGCUGAAGAAGUUUCUGAAGAUGACAAUCAAUUGUCCAGUCUUGUCAUUUGGUAUGCCAGUCUCAUCAUUUUGCUUUCAGUCACUGAACCAGUUCCUGAGGAUGACAACAGAUCAGCAGAGGUGGACACUACCUGUGAGGUAUCAAUAGGAAGUGAGAUAUGCGAACGGGAACAAGAUGACCAUGUCGUGCCAUUCCAUGAAUCAGCAGCGUUCGAGGAGCCAGCUGCUCCACUGGCAUACCAAAAUGAGCAGCCACUGCCAUUGGAAACCCCGCAUGAAACAGACCACAUUGUGCAAGAAGCAAGCGAAACCGAGCAAGAGGAGGAGGUAGAGGCGACGGCAAGCCAGAGAUUAGACCAGCCACCAAACAAACAGACCGAUGUUGAAGAAGACAAGGCACCUGAGACACCGAUCUACAGCGUUGCUACACAAAUCUCGGAGAAAAAGUUUUUGCUUGAGAGGAAACGGUCACUGUCCUUAUCCUUGGACGGGAGUGUGGCAAGCGAGAUGGACUUGUCUGAGCCUUCCACCGUUGAUCAGUUGAAAUCAGCCCUGCAAGCAGAGCGAAAGGCGCUCAGCGCAUUGUAUGCCGAGCUUGAGGAAGAGAGGAGUGCCGCUGCCAUCGCAACCAACCAGACGAUGGCAAUGAUCAACAGGUUGCAGGAAGAAAAGGCAGCAAUGCAGAUGGAGGCUCUGCAAUACCAACGGAUGAUGGAAGAGCAGUCGGAGUACGACCAGGAGGCGCUUCAGCUGCUGAACGAGCUGGUCACCAAGAGGGAGAAGGAGAAGCAGGAGUUGGAGAGGGAGCUCGAUCUGUGCAGGCAGAAGGUGAUGCACUACGAGGACAAGGAGAGGAGGAGAAUGGCAAGCUUCAAGGCCAACGGGCACAGCCCCAAUGGCAAUGGCACGUCUGUCUCGUCCAGUGGCGAGGAUAGUGACGGUCACUCAGAUGGAUACUGCGAGACAGGCGAGUCCCCCAAUGACGGCAAUCUUCAUAGCCCGUCUGAUGCUGUUCUUAGCCCCAGCACGGAUCAAGAAAACAAGAAGCAUCUGGUGGCUCUUGAUGAUUCAUUGACGUACUUUGAGAUGGAGAGGCUAUCAAUCUUGGAGGAGCUUAAGACAUUGGAGGAGAGGCUCUUCACGUUAGAAGAUGAUGACAUCAAUGGCACCAGUGAAGUUGUUGGCCAUUCUUCAGAUGAAUAUGUGCUGUCAGCUAACGGUCUCCAUUCACCUAGGAAUGGUGAUAUCGCCAGUCACAAGUCAAAGUUUGAUGGUAGGAAUUCUAUUGGCAGGGGAAAGAGUCUUCUGCCUCUAUUCGAUGCAGUUGGAGAUGAGACUGGCGAUCAGACUCCAUCUCCAAGGGGAGGGAAUGUGCAAGCCGAUAAUUCAAGCAAUCCGGUCUCCGUGCUUGUGAAAGAACAGGAGAGGCUGGCUAUAAUGGAGGAGGUCGACCAUGUAUAUGAUAGACUGCAAGCACUAGAGGCAGACAAGGAGUUCCUCAGGCACUGCAUCAAGUCCCUGAAGAAAGGUGACAGGGGCAUGGACCUUCUUCAAGAGAUCUUGCAGCAUCUUCGCGAACUCCGGAGCGUGGAACUUCACGUUAAGAAUGCCGGGGACGCCCUUGCUGCAAAUUCAGCGUAGAAUAUGCAUCUUGUAUAUGACGUGAUUAUCUUGCUAUGGAUUUAGUUGAUCGGCUAUGGCGAGUCGAUCAGAAUGAUCUGAAAGUACUGGAUUGGUGAUGGUAAGCGGUAUUUGCUGAUUUCAAGGGAGGUUUUGCUCAUUUUGCCGGUGGCCUGGAAGCAAGCCUCUUCCUUUCAUGCUGGUCCAGCGUUCCCGACUUUAUUAUGUGGUAGUUGUAGAAAUCAUUAAUCAUUCCAAAGCUGCACAAAGCAGAAUCAUUGGUGCCAGCUUAGGAUGUAUGCACAACUGGUAGGGAAAAAAAGAAAAGAAAAAGGUUAAAGUUAGUUUGAGUGUAGAUGGAGCCAUGGAGGAUUUUUUUUUUCCUUUCUUUUGGUCAAUUUUCAGAAUUUUCUAUGCGGAGGUAGG